CGGAAAAGCCCACCUCCCUUUCUGUGUCUUUCUUCAUUGCUCCCUCCUUUUUUGCCACCCCAAAACUGUAACAAAAAUGGACCGCGCGCCGAUCCUCAUCUCCGGCUUGAACUCGCCGUCCAUUCUCCCGUCAACUGUCGGAUCUCCGGCGGACGACCGGAAACGGAUUUUGCCAAUGUCAAAAGAUGCCAUCAACGAUUAUAUCAAGUCCGUUGUAUUGAAAAAGCAAGACGCGAAAGUCCCCUUCUAUGUGCUUGAUAUGGGCGAAGUCGUUUCUCUCAUGGACAAAUGGACGACGGCUCUCCCUAACGUCCGUCCGUUCUACGCCGUCAAAUGUAACCCUGAGCCGUCAUUUCUGUCCAUCCUAGCCGCCAUGGACUCCAGCUUCGACUGCGCCAGCCGAGCCGAAAUUGACUAUGUUCUGUCCCUCGGAGUAUCACCGGACCGCGUAAUCUUCGCCAAUCCUUGCAAGCCGGAAGCCGACAUCGUCCACGCCGCUAACGUCGGCGUGAAUCUCGCGACGUUCGAUUCCGUGUAUGAGGUCGAGAAAAUGAAGAGGUUUCACCCCAAUUGCGAUUUGCUCCUCCGGAUCAAGCCGGUCAACGACGGGAACGCUCGAUGUCCGAUGGGGCCGAAGUACGGGGCGCUGCCGGAGGAGAUCGAGAAGCUUCUGGAAUGCGCUCGAGACUCGGAUCUCAAUGUCACCGGCGUUUCAUUCCACAUUGGCAGCGGCGAUGCGGAUUCCGUCGCCUACAGGGGAGCAAUCGCCGCCGCGAAAUCCGUCUUCGAGACGGCGAUUCGGCUCGGCAUGCCUAGAAUGAGAGUGCUCGACAUUGGCGGCGGAUUCACGGCUGGAAAGCCGUUUGAAGACGCCGCUAAAGCGAUAAACUCAGCGUUACGAGAUUAUUUCGGCGACGAGCUCGAUUCAACUGCCGUCAUCGCCGAACCGGGGCGGUUCUUCGCCGAAACCGCUUUCACUUUGGCGACGACAGUUAUCGGAAAGCGCGUGAGGGGAGAUCUCCGCGAGUACUGGAUUAACGAUGGCUUGUACGGGUCGAUGAACUGCCUGCUGUACGACCACGCGACCGUGGCGCCGAAGGCCUUAACCUGCAGCGCGUCGGCGCCGCCGAAAUCGGGGUUUGAGGAGCCGAAAACGUUCGCCACGACGGUGUUCGGGCCGACAUGCGACGCGCUUGACACGGUGGUGAGGGAUUACCAGCUGCCGGAACUUGAGACCAACGACUGGCUGGUGUUUCCCAACAUGGGCGCGUAUACUAAAGCUGCCGGGUCAAAUUUUAACGGUUUCAAUACCUCAGGGAUUGUGACCUAUGUCACAUCUGCGAAUCCAAUUUUUGUUUAGUUAUUAAUUAAUGUAUUCCUACAUUUUUAUUCUCAAAUUCUCUUUAUUUGUAACUUAUAAGAAAAUGUUGUACUCCGUAACAUUUACAUUUUUGUCUCGUAAAUGCAAUUUAAUUGUAACUGCUUAGUAUUUUAAACAUUGCCCCGGUGGCCCAAUAAUAAAAUGUAUUAAUGCAAUUUC